CCCAGGUGCUGUUUGCUCAGUCGGACGGAAAAAUGUUGGCGGCUGUUUGGUGAUAUGUAACAAUGUAGCUGUAUAGAAUUAGUCCUACUGAGGUAGUUUCAGUUUGCACGGAAUAGACGGUGUUAGUCACCGCCUGUGUUGGCAUUUUAGCAGGAAAUGCUUUUCUUUUAGCUUUCUUAUUUGCUAACUGGUUAGCUUCGGGGUUGGGACCGUGUCUCUGUUCAUCAUUUUCCGAGUCGAAAUUCUGAAUAAAAAUACUGUUGCUCGAUCACGCUUGCAGGAUAUCCCUGAAUCUCUGAAAAAGAUGGAGUUAGUGGAGGUUUUUAGCAUCAGCCCUGUGAAUGCCGCGAUGAACAGCAGGCCCGACGGGAUCCCCGGGCUUUCCUCAGUCUCCCUGCACGAUCAGAGCACAAAGAACGCUUACUGCAGGACCAUCUUCUCCCCUGGACCCUCGACUGUACAGUCUCCAGUCACCAAUUUGACUUUUGACUUGAAUAAUUUGGCUGGACUCGGAAGCCAAUGUGAUACACCAAAAAGGACAAAGCAUGACUUUGAGAAGGUCCCCUCCUUUGCGUCCGAUGUCUCAUCUGAUGCUGGCCUUGGCAUGGACUUUCCAAGUCCCAUGGAUCCCGUUGAAAUAGAAGAUGUGUUUGAAAAAGCAAUUCAGCAGUCAAGCAGAAUUGUCAAUGAGAAGGUGCCAUUUCGACGAAUCAGUUCAUUGCCAUUACAGCUCCUGGGUGUCAGCCCAUCACUGAAGGGACAAGAAGUGCAUUGUCACCGUUACGGAAUCUUUGGUCAAGAGCCGUCAAUCUCCAAACUGGCAUUCUCUCUUGAUGGUGACAACAAGGAGAACCUGCCAGAGGGUGGCUUUGAGUUUAAGAAACCAACCAACCCAGUGUCUCGGUGCCACACGCGCUCCUUUAACAAUGGACAGUCAAAAGAAGCCUUUGCUUGCCGUCCCAGCUCUGCACCUGCCCUCAUGCUUUCUUCAUCUGUUCCAGUCCAGCAGCUUGACUCGCAUGACUCCAGCCCUCUAUUCUUGAGCUGUUCUUCACUCACAUCGUCACUAAAUAAUGAUGAUGACGAUGAUGGCUUCCUAGACAUAGUAGGCGACAACCUGGAGAAUGAUACAGAGAUGCCACAGGGAAUGGCCAGCUUGCUCACAGCUCCCUUGGUGGGAAGGAGUAAAGAAGACAAUGCUCCUGUGAUUCGCUGCCGACCACGCAACCUGUUCCGCUCCCCCUCCGUGCCCAGCCCAGUGUCUCGGUCUUGUGCUAAGCGCCCUGACUGCCCCAGGGAUGAUAAUACUCCAAUCAGGGUGAAAAGACGACGUAGUCUAGCAGGAACAGAAGUUGGCUCCUUGGAGCAAGAACCUGAAUUACCACAAAAGCAGGGCUACUCAAUGCUGCACAGGUCCAAGUCCUUCAGCCAAACAGAGAUAGAAAAGCUAUUGGACAAUAAGGAUGGUUCAAAUUUCUCCAAGCCUUUUAUACUGCCCACAGUGGAGGGCAGACAUCAAGAACUCAAGUAUAUCACCUCAGACAUAAUGGUGGCGGCACUUAAUGGCCAGUUUAGUAACCUUGUUGAAAGAGUCAUACUCAUUGACUGCCGCUACCCUUAUGAGUUUGAAGGAGGACACGUCAAGUGCGCUCUGAACUUGCACCAAGAAGAUCAGGUGGAGGAUUUCCUCAUCAAGAAUCCAAUCAUCCCGACCUGUCCAGGCAAGCGUGUAGUCAUCAUUUUUCACUGCGAGUUCUCCUCUGAGCGCGGCCCUCGAAUGUGCCGCUUUGUCAGAGAGCGAGACCGAGCAAUAAAUGACUACCCCAGACUCUGCUAUCCAGAGCUCUACAUCCUCAAGGGUGGAUACAAAGAGUUCUUCCCUCAUUAUCAGUCACACUGUGAGCCUCCGUCCUACCGGCCGAUGAACCACAAGGACUUCAAGGAGGACCUGAGAAAAUUUCGCCUGAAGAGUCGUACCUGGGCAGGGGAGCGCAGCAAGAGAGACAUGUACAGUCGCUUGAAGAAGCUGUGAGCUUCCCCAUCCUCUGUCACUGCC